UAUUGAGGUCUAUAGAAGCCAACCAUGGCCACGGACUCGCCCCCCCCCAAAACCCCCCCAUCCCCCCCAAAACGCUUCUUCCGCAAGAGCGUGGAGCUGCUGGAAGAGGACCGGGGCCCCCCCAGUGAUGGAGGGGACCAAGAGCCCCGGGGGGGGGAUCCCGGGGGUGGGGGGGUCCCGGGUAGGGAGGAGGUGGAGGAGGAGGCGGAGAUGAAGGCGGUGGCGACGUCGCCGGGGGGGCGGUUCCUCAAGUUCGACAUCGAGCUGGGCCGCGGCGCCUUCAAGAGCGUCUUCAAGGGCUUCGACACCGACACCUGGGUGGAGGUGGCCUGGUGCGAGCUGCAGGACCGCAAGCUGACCAAGGUGGAGCAGCAGAGGUUCAAGGAAGAGGCUGAGAUGCUCAAGGGGCUGCAGCACCCCAACAUCGUCCGCUUCUACGACUCCUGGGAGUCCACAGUCAAGGGCAAGAAGUGCAUUGUCCUGGUCACCGAGCUGAUGACCUCGGGCACCCUCAAGACGUACCUCAAGAGGUUCAAGGUGAUGAAGCCCAAGGUGCUGCGGAGCUGGUGCCGGCAGAUCCUGAAGGGGCUCCACUUCCUGCACACCCGGACCCCCCCCAUCAUCCACCGGGACCUCAAGUGUGACAACAUCUUCAUCACGGGCCCCACCGGCUCCGUCAAGAUCGGGGACCUGGGCUUGGCCACGCUCAUGAGGACCUCCUUUGCCAAGAGCGUCAUUGGGACCCCCGAGUUCAUGGCCCCGGAGAUGUAUGAGGAGCGCUACGACGAGUCGGUGGACGUCUACGCCUUCGGGAUGUGCAUGCUGGAGAUGGGCACCUCCGAGUAUCCCUACUCCGAGUGCCAGAACGCGGCGCAGAUCUACCGCAAAGUCACCAGCGGCAUCAAACCAGCCAGCUUCUCCAAGGUGACCGACCCGGAGGUGCGGGACAUCAUCGAGGGCUGCAUCCGGCAGAACAAGGCCGAGAGGUUGUCCAUCAGGGACCUGCUGAACCACGCGUUCUUCGCCGAGGACACGGGGCUGCGCGUGGAGCUGGCCGAGGAGGCGGUGGGGCCCGAGCCCUGCCUCGCGCUGCGCCUCUGGGUGGAGGACCCCAAGAAGCUCAAGGGCAAGCACAAGGACAACGAAGCCAUCGAGUUCAGCUUCAACCUGGAGGCCGAUGUCCCCGAGGAGGUGGCCUAUGAGAUGGUGAAAUCCGGCUUCUUCCAUGAGAGCGACUCCAAGGCCGUGGCCAAAUCCAUCCGGGACCGCUUGGCCGUGGUGCGGAGGAGCCGGGAGCGGAAGCAGGCCGAGGGUCGGGGUCCCCCCGAGAGCGAGGACACCGAGGUGGAUCAGCACGUACGGCAGCAGCUGCUGCGGCAGCACGCCGAGGGGCUCUCGGACACCGGACCCAUGGCAGAUGCCACCAGCAGCCGUGGUCCCCUUGGGUGCUACCAACCAGGCCCCCCCCAAGAUGGGGCACCCCCUCCUUGCGCCCCCCACGUCCCAUUGCAGGUGGAGGGGACAUCGAUGGACGUCACCGGAGGUGCCACCGUGGUGGGGCUGGAGCCCCCCACUGGGGACGGGGAACUGGGGGUGACGCGGAGCUGGGGGAUGGCACCCAUGGGGGUGGCACGGCCACAACCGGCACCGGGGGCACCAGGGCCUGGGAUGGCAGCAGCAGGUAUUGGAAUGGCAGCAUUGGGUACUGGGGUGCUGUACCGGGAUGCCACCAGUUACUGGGAUGCCACCACCAGGUACUGGGAUGCCACCACCAGGUACCGGGAUGCCACCAGGUACUGGGAUGCCACCAUUGGGUACUGGGAUGCCAUCAGCCCCAGGGAUGCCACCAUCGGGUACCACAAUGCCACCAUCAGGUACCGGGAUGCCACCAUUGGGUACCGGGAUGCCACCAGCCUCAGGGAUGCCACCAGUUACUGGGAUGCCACCAUUGGGUACCACGAUGCCACCACCAGGUACUGGGAUGCCAUCAUUGGGUACCGGGAUGCCAUCAGCCCCAGGGAUGCCACCAGUUACUGGGAUGCCACCAUCGGGUACCACGAUGCCACCAGCCCCAGGGUUGCCACCAGCCCCAGGGAUGCCAGCACCAAGUGGGAAGCCACCAGGCCAAGGUGGUCCAGAGAUGCCUCCACCAAUGGGGAUGGCACCGGCUCUACCUGGAAUGCCACCAGCAUCCAUUGGGAUGCCACCAGGGCCAGGGAUGCCACCUCCACCUGCGAUGCCACCAACGAUGGGGAUGGGACCAGCCCAAGUGAUGCCGCCACCCAUGGAGAUGCCAGCCCCUAUUGGGAUGCCAGCACCCAUUGGGAUACCCCCAUCCCAAGGGAUGCCACCAGCCCCAGGGAUGCCACCAACCAUGGAGAUGCCAUGUGCCCUCCCACCCCCCCCCGACCCCCCCUGGCCCCCCCGGACCCCUCCCCCUCCCUGCGCACCCCCGAGGCCUCCCCCACCCCCCCGGACACCGGUGGCCGUGGGGACCGAUGGCGCCAGCGCCGCGCUUCCUGCCCGCGGCCCCGCUUCCAGCUCACGGCGCUCCAGGUCUCCUCACCGGGGGACAACACCGUCGAGUGCCAACUGGAGACCCACGACUGCAAGAUGGUGACCUUCAAGUUCGACGCCGAUGGGGACGCCCCUGAGGACAUCGCUUCUUAUAUGGUUGAGGACAACUUCGUGUUGGAGGCCGAAAGGGAGAAGUUUGUGGAGGAGCUCAAGGGCAUCGUGGCGCGGGCGCGGGGGGUCCUCGGUGCCCCCCAUGGGGACCCCCAGGUUGGAGCGAUGGAGCCGGUGGUGAGUGAAGGGGCCCCCCAAUCGUCCCCCGUGGGUCGCUGGAGGUUCUGCAUCAAUCAAACCAUCAGGAACCGGGAGGCCACCGGUCCUGGGGGUCCCGCAGCCCCUCGCCGAGCCCUGGGCACCUCAGACCUUGGUGGCCCUCAAGCAGCAGCAAUGGGGCCGGAUGGCGCAGGGCUCCCCACGCCCCAUAGCCCAGAGGCUGCCAGCCCCAUAGACCAUGGGCUCGGAGGCCCUCGAGGUUUUGAGGUACCCCAAGAGGAGGAGGACCCCGAAGGCCGGGAGCUCGGUGCCCCCCAAGGCCCCAGUGCUGGGGAGCCCAUGGGGCACUGGGAACAGGGGGGCAGUGAGGCCGGAGCCGGGGACCCCCAGCACCAGGAGCCGGAUGGGACCCAUGGGGAGGAGGAGGCCGGACCCAUAGGACUGGAGGUGAUCAGGGCCAGGCCCCCACCCCCCAGGGACCCGGAGCCCCCCCCCGCCCGCGCUCCCUUCCCCCUCGGCUUCAGCUGCCCCCGCCUCAAGAGCCCCGUGCCCAGGAGGGGCUGGAGCCGCCGCAUCAAGAGCUGGGCCCGGCGCCUGCGCCAGCCCCCCCCCGCCGGGAGCCCCCCCCGCGCAGCCACCGCACCCCAACCGCCCCCCCCCAAAGCGAAGGCGAAAUGGGGAGAUCCCAGCUCCGAAAGCGAAAGCGGGGGGGGCACGGGGGGCACCCCCCACCCCCCCGGGGCCCCCCCGCGCCCCCCCGGGUCCCCCUCGUCCCCCAUGAGCAGCGAUGGGGACACGGACCCCGAGGACCGGGACCUGCGCCUGGAGCUGCGGCGCCUGCGGGAGAAGCACAUCCAGGAGGUGGUGGCGCUGCGGGCGCAGCAGGACCGGGAGCUGCGGGAGCUCCACGAGCGGCUCCGAGCCCUCAAGGAGGCGCGGGGGGGACCCCAGCAAUGGGGGGGCCCCCCCGAGGGGGAGCACGGGGGAACCCCCCCCCAGCCCUGCCCCGGGGGGUCCCCGCGGCGGCUCCGGGGGGCAAAGGGAAGAGGAAGGGGCAGGGGGGGACGGGCCUCGGGGCUCCCCAUUAAACCCAUUUCCCCCCCUCCACACCCCAAAGGCCCCCCCCCGACCCCCCCGGCCCCCCCCAAGCAGGGGCUGUUCACGGACGACCUGCGCCGCCUGGUGGACGAGUGGGUGCAGGACACGGCCCGGGGGCAGGGGACCUCAUCGUGGAGCACCCGAGGGCCCCCCCCGAAAUGGGGAGGGGUCCCCCAGCCUCCCCCCAAAAGCAAGCUCCGGGGUGGGGGAGGGGGCGGCAGCCCCAUCCCGCCGGGGGCUGAGUGA